CGUGGAGUUUGAUCCUCUUUCUUCUUUAGGUACUUCCUCUAGGCGACCACAUCGUGAGAGGAGGGCUCCUAAAUGGCUUGAUCCUUAUGACAUUUCAUAAUUCUUUUCUGUGCACCUUUUUUACAAUACUCACUCUUUCCAGGAGAAUUCCGCUCCCCGUUACCAGUGUGUACUGAAGUGCAAAAAUGGGAGGAAGUGCCGGCGGCGGUUCAAGUCAGAGGAAGCGUUGGUUAAGCACCAAGCCACCGUGCCACACAUCCCUGCCAAGAGGUCUAUGAGGAUCAUAACGAGCCGACCUGUGCUGGCCCCACUAUCCACACAGGAAAUGGACGACAUCGUCGGGGUAGAACCCACCAAGGAUGACACGACGGCAGCAGAUUUCUGGAAGCAGAUUGUAGACAUCCCGUUAUCCCCAGCCAUGAUGUCUCCUACGUUGAAUACGCCGAUGUAUGACGUCGACCUAGGAACACCCCCCCACCAAUCUAUGACUGCGUCCCCGACUGUCCUUGCGAGACCCCUGAAGAAGCCAGCACUGCCCGCGGCAACAGUGACAUCAGAAGAGGGAUUGAUUGCGUCACACGCGACAAUGCCGUCCCUGCGUCUCGAAGACUGCAUUCUACCACCCCUGAAGGAGCCAGCACCACCCGCGGCAACAGUGACUUCCGAGGAGGGAUUGGUUGCGUCACGCGCGACAACACCGUCCCUGCGUCACCCCAUCAUAACUCAAGCCAUCCAGUCCAUGGCACCCGGAGAGUUGCAGGCCCUGGAAACUGCCAUAGGGACCGCCUGUAGAGAAAAUGUAAUAGCUUCUCUACAAGGACUACUAGAUGAUUGGGGUCUUAAGAUCGUAUCUAAAGGCAAUCAAUCUCCAGCGGAGCGUCCCCGCUCACCGUCCCCUGAGCCGGAACCAGCCAUGCCCGGCGAGGUUACACCCCCUCACGAGGAGCCAUUUCCACCACCACCACCACCACCUAAGAAGAGGAAAGCAGUUCUAACGGUGGCCCAGUACAUCAAAAGAUCGAAAUACGUCAUCCCCAGAAAAAGGUUGUCGUUAGAAACCCGACUACAGAAAGAGUUUGGGAUCCCACCAAUCAAGGCUGAUAAAUACGCAGACGUAGCGAACCAGAGGCUCACCUUGGAGAUAGGGUCAAGCCCGACAUUUGACCUAAAUCUCCAAGAGUCAGAACUCACCCCUCCCACAAGAGAAGAGGUCCAAGCAGCAGCUUGGAAGCCAUUCAGAUAGACAUUUAUGUGAUAUGUAAUCAACUAGUGACAUUUGUGAUACUUCAACCAGGGACUGAACAGAGACAUUUUAUAUUUUGACAUUUGUGAUACUUCCACCAGUGACUGAACAGACAUUUUAUAUUUUGACAUUUGUGAUACUUCAACCAGUGACUGAACAGAGUAAAACAGAGACAUUUUAUAUUUUCACUUUUGCAGUUUU